AUGCGUUUUUAUGGGACUGUGUGUUCCGUUCUUGCAGUGAGUAGCAUCCUGGGCAAGGCGCUUGGCACGGAGGAAUGCCAAAAUGCUGAGCAGGCAAGCUUCUCUGUCCUGCAAACCCACCAGCUGCUCACCAAAGACCAUGUGAAGAAAGAAGAAGAGGAGUUCUUUUGGGCCUCCGGCCGCGGGAACUUUCCCGAAUAUGCAGUGUCUCAGCAUCCUGCCCCCUUCAAGCUGGCUGAUGCAUUCGCUUGGCAGUGGCACCACCCACUUGGAAGGUUUGCUACUCUGACCUAUGGGACAGCAAUCGACGGGGAAAGCAACAUCUACCUGUCAGCUGCAGAUGGUAUCCGAAAGUUUGAUCAGAAUGGCACAAUGCUUUGGGAGUACGAAUCGCUUCCUGCAGAGGUUGUGAAUGCGCCAUCAGUGUACGAUGGAAUGGUCUAUAGCAGCGACACGCAUGGCAAUGCAUUCGCUCUAGAUAUGGAGACCGGUCAUGUGGUGUGGAAGACCAGCGUGGCAGUGAACAUCGGCCAAGACAACGGCUUCAACAUGGUCCAUGCUGGUAUUGCCCUUGUGGCAUGCGAUUGGCGAUUGCCGUCGCCACAGGGUGCUGCCAACCAAAAGGUGAAGGCGCUGAAUGCAAGCACAGGUGGCGUGUUGUGGACAUAUGUGCCAGACACGGCCGUUUGGAACUUCUUGCCGCUGUUCGUUGACGACGACUCAUUUGUCUUUCAGGAUAUGACGGGUAAGGUCUACCGCCUGACCUUGAGCACGGGAGACCUCGUAUGGAAGACCGGGGGAUUGAAUGGGACUUGGACUGACGGUGGUGCAGCGGUCGGUGCGAACGGCCUCGUAUACGCCGUGAACAACAAUCACCGGCCUGAUGAAGACCCUAAAACUGAAGAUAUGCCUGGGACGCUCAGCGCCUACAACCUUACUGAUGGACAGCUGGUUUGGACGAUCACAACACCCCGGCCUCCGAACAAUGCACCAGCAGUUGGACAAGUAAAAAAUUUGCCGGAUUUCUCGGUGGUCAUGCCUCUCUGCCAGCAGGUGCGACCGGGGGCUACUUGCGAUGUUCAUGUUUACGAUGCAGAGACGGGUGGCCUGCGGUGGGUCUUCCACGGCCCCUCCCAGGAUGGGUUGCUACAGGCUGGUGACCUGGAAGGGGUCUUGGGCCGCACCAAGCGCGGUGUACGCAGCAUGUGCCUUCCGAACGGGUGGAGCGCACCAACUAUUGACGCUGAGGGAACAGUUUUCGUGGGCAAUGAGAUGGGCAACUUUUAUGCGCUAAGGGAUCUGGACGGUGAUGGAGUGACGUUUGGAGAGGGCGAGGUAGCUUUCUAUGACACGAAGGCAGCUUUCUCCGGCUCCUCCAGCCCGGCCGUUGCCCCAGGUUUGCUGGCAGUGGCCUCCUGCGACACCCUCUUCGUGUUCAAGCCGUGA